UAAAAUCGCGAUAUUUCUAUCUCUCUCGUUCUCUGUGUGUACGUGCAGUGUUUUCGCAUUAAUAUUAGAAUUGAAGGGGAACGCACGUCAUAGGUAUAAACCAAACACGUGCCGGGGUAUUUUUAUUAUUGUUGCGUCGCGCGCAUAAGAUAGAGGAUUUCGCGAAGGGAACGGUAGCGUGUAAGCAGAAGAAGAAAGAAGAAAAAAACCUACUGAAAUCCACCUCCGAUAUCGUCCCGUCCGCAACGCCCAAUCCACUCACGCGUCUCUGGAUGCGUACACACUAUUUGAACAAUAGCAUGCGCUGAACGUUCAUUCAGUUUCAUACUUCGCACGACGGUACGCAGACGUGUCUCCCGCACACGGUCUCCACCACUACCACCACCACCGACGACAACGACCGUCUGAACGAAUUAAAAUCGUAUUUUGAAAACAGUUUUUUUUUUUUCUCUCUACCGCGAUAGUGCGUAUUUUACAAAAUAGCUCGUGCGCGCAGAAACGAAUCACAAACUCGCUUGCCACACCGGCAAUCGAACGCAACGGACUCAGCUGCGAGUGCGAAGCGCAUAGAUAGUUAACACUAGCUGAAGGCACAAUGCCAGCAAGGUUCCCACAGACUAAUCAAGCCACUACCAAUGGGGCUGUAAAUGGUAACUCUUAUUCUGGAAAUGAUGAAAUUGUUAUCAGUGGUAUUUCUGGACGUUUUCCGGAAUCUAAUUCAAUUGCUGAAUUUAGAGAAAAUCUUUUCGCCGGUAUAGACUUGGUCAAUGAUGAUGAACGACGUUGGCCAGCUGGUCUUUAUGGCCUUCCAUCAAGAACUGGAAAACUUAAAGGAUUGGAAUAUUUUGAUGCCAAUUUCUUUGGAGUUCACGCUAAACAGGCAGAAGUUAUGGACCCACAAUUGAGAUUACUUUUAGAAUCUACUUAUGAAUGUAUUGUAGAUGCUGGAGUGAACCCAGAUGAUGUCCGUGGAAAAAAAAUUGGAGUGUACAUUGGUGCAUCUAACAGUGAGACUGAUGAUUAUAUAACUAGACAGGCAGAUCGUAUUAAUGGUUAUGGACUGACGGGUUGUUGCCGAGCUAUGUUUGCCAACAGGAUUUCAUACACUUUUGAUUUUAAUGGCCCUAGUUUUGCCAUAGACACAGCCUGUUCCAGUAGUUUGGUUGCAUUGUCACAAGCUGUGCAUGCUAUUGAAAGUGGACAGUGUGAUGCAGCUAUUGUUGGAGGCUCUAAUUUGUUGCUAAAACCUACCACUUCAUUACAAUUUCACAGAUUGAGCAUGUUAUCACCACAAGGAGUGUGCAAAGCAUUUGAUGUGACAGGUAAUGGGUAUGUAAGAAGUGAAGCUGUGGUAACUGUUUUCUUGCAAAAGGCUAGUGUUGCAAAACGUAAUUAUGCCACAAUUAAAGGAGCGCUUAUCAACACUGAUGGAUUUAAAGACCAAGGAAUUACCUUCCCAAGUGGAAAAAUGCAAAAUAAACUUAUCCAAGAAGUAUAUGCGAAGUGUGGUGUCCAUCCAUCUGAAGUAUCUUAUGUAGAAGCUCACGGAACUGGAACUAAGGUUGGUGAUCCACAAGAAGUUAACUCAAUUGCUGAAUUUUUCACUAAAGACCGUACCUCACCUUUAUUAAUUGGUUCUGUUAAAUCAAACAUGGGUCAUUCUGAACCUGCUUCUGGUCUGUGCUCAUUAGCUAAGAUUGUCAUUGCUCUGGAAUCGGGAAAAAUUCCUGCAAAUCUUCAUUUCGCCAACCCUAACCCUGACAUUCCUGCAUUAUUAGAUGGCAGAUUACAAGUUGUAAAUAAAAACUGGGACUUCAGUGGCAGUUAUGUUGCUCUUAACUCUUUUGGUUUCGGUGGUGCUAAUGCUCAUGUAUUAUUGAAGUCCAACCCUAAAUCCAAAACUACUCCAAUACUGAAUAAUAUACCACGUUUAAUUGCUGUAUCUGGAAGAAAAAAUGAAUCCGUUGACAAUAUGUUGAAAAAUGUCUCUGAAACACCAAAUGAUGAUGAGUUAAUUGGAUUAUUACAUGACAUUCAUACAAACAACAUUAAUGGACAUGCUUAUAGAGGAUAUUCAGUUCUCGGAAAAUCUAUUACUGAAGUGUCUGAAGUAAAAAUAGAUAAAAGACCAGUGUGGUUUAUUUUUUCUGGUAUGGGAAGUCAAUGGGCUGGUAUGAUUGAUGGACUUCUUCAAUUGGAACCAUUUGCUCGUGCCAUUAACAAAGCUGCAGCUGUACUCCAAGUCGAAGGCUUAGAUUUAUUGAGCAUUCUCAAUUCAAAAGAUGAAUCAACAUUUGAUAAUGUUCUUAACUCUUUUGUUUCAAUAACAUCCAUGCAGGUGGCAUUAGUUGAUUUAUUAAAAUCAAUUGGAAUUGAACCAGAUGGUGUUAUUGGACACUCGGUCGGUGAACUUGGUUGUGCAUAUGCUGAUGGUACAUUUAAUGCUGACCAAGCAAUUUUAGCUGCAUUUUGGAGAGGCCGUAGUAUUUUAGAAUCUAAAUUACCACAAGGGUCAAUGGCUGCUGUUGGAUUAUCUUGGGAAGAAACUAAAAAGAGAUUGCCUUCUGACUUGAUUGCUGCUUGUCAUAAUAGUGUAGAUAGCGUAACAGUAUCUGGUCCUCCUGCGAGCCUCUCUGCCUUUGUUAAGACUUUACAAGCUGAAGGAAUUUUUGCAAAAGAAGUUAAAAGUUCUGGAUAUGCUUUCCAUUCAAAAUAUAUCGCUGAUGCUGCACCUAAACUGCGUAACAGUUUGGAAAGAAUUUUACCAAAUCCGAAACCACGUACUUCUCGUUGGAUCAGUUCUUCCAUCCCUGAAGAAUCGUGGAACACACCUAUUGCUCAAUUGAGUUCAGUUGCUUAUCAUGUGAACAAUUUAUUAGCUCCAGUAUUGUUCCAUGAAGCUCUUGCUCAUGUACCAAAAAAUGCUAUAGUUAUAGAAAUUGCACCGCAUGCAUUACUUCAAGCUAUUUUAAAGAGAGCACUAGGACCAGAGUGCUCUUGCAUUGGUCUUACUAAGCGUUCAACUAACUCUGAAGGAAACAUUUCUGUAUUAUUAUCUGCCAUUGGAAAAUUGUACAAUGCUGGACUUCAACCAAAAAUUAAAAACUUAUACCCAGCUGUCUCAUAUCCUGUAGCUCGUGGAACACCUAUGAUUCAAUCAAUGAUUGAAUGGGACCAUUCCGUUGAAUGGCUUGUUUCAGACUUUACUCUAAAGGAAGCUGGAUCCGGUGAAUCUGUCAUCAAAAUUGAUCUAAGUAAUGAAGAUGAUCAAUACUUGUCUGGACAUACAAUCGAUGGCAGAGUUUUAUUCCCUGCUACUGGAUACUUGACUUUAGUUUGGCAGACUUUUGCCAAACUUCAAGAUAAGAACAUUGAAGACUUCCCAGUUGUUAUUGAAAAUGUUCAAUUUUUGCGAGCAACCAUCAUGCCUAAAGAUGGAAAUGUAAACUUCCUCAUCAACAUUUUUGAAGGAACUGGCAAUUUUGAGAUUUGUGAAGGAGGCUCAGUUGCAGUUACUGGUAAAAUUUAUGUCCCUGAUGACAUUGACACCGAACAAUUAGAAUUACCUGAACCUUAUGUUGAUGAAAACUCAUUACCACUAAAAUCUGGAGAUAUAUAUAAAGAUUUGGGACUCAGAGGAUAUGAUUAUAAAGGAGUGUUCCGUGGAGUAAAAGAAGCUGAUAAUCGGGGCACUAAAGGACAGUUAGAAUGGAUUGGAAACUGGAUUAGUUUUAUUGACACAAUGCUCCAAUUUUCUAUUUUGGGUUUGAAAGUGAAAGAAUUAUAUCUGCCUACAAGAAUGCAAAGAGUUAUUAUUGAUCCAGUUAAACAUUUAGAAUAUAUUGAAGCAUUAGGUGAAAAUAGUACUGUUCCUGUUUAUAUGUACAGAGAUAUUGAUGUUAUCAAAUCUGGUGGUAUUGAAUUACGUGGUAUGAAAGCAAGUUUAGCACCAAGAAGACAACAAUCACAAGCUGCUCCUAAAUUGGAAAAAUAUUCAUUUGUACCGUAUGCUACUGAUAAGGUUUCAUCAGUAACAGAUGUAACCAAUGUUUUUGCUGCUUAUCUACAAGUGGCUUUGGAAAAUAGUGCGGGUGCAAUGAAAGUGAAAGUAGUUGAGUUUGGAGGUGACAAACCAUUUGAAGGAAUAUAUAUGCCUACUGUGGUUAACAUAUUGGAAUCUGAACCUUUAAUAUCUUUGGACGCAAUGUUGGCUACAACUCAAAUACAAGCUUUGGCUCCAUUUUUGGGACCAAUGGAAAUAAAAAUGGUUAAUAAAUCAUUAGAAAAUGGUCCAAUUGAAUCCAACGCACAUGUUGCAAUAGCUUUUGAUAUUUUAAAAUCAGAAAAUCUACUGAAUAAUUUGGCAGAAACCGUGAAAGAUGGUGGUUUUAUACUGACAUCUGAAUCCAUUAAUGUGCCUGAAAGCGCUAUUGAGAAAAAUAAUCUUGUUUUAAUUAGCAAAUCAUCAGCUGAUGAUAGAAUAUUCUACUUACUAAGAAAGCUAAGUGAAAAAUUACCCGUUUCUGAAGUAAUUCAAGUAUCAGAAAAAUCAUAUGAAUGGGUUGAGACAUUAAAAUCAGCUCUUAAGACUGUUGAAACUGAUCCAAGCAAGAACAUAGUCCUAUACGCUCAAGGAGAAAGUACUAACGGAAUAAUUGGAUUAGUUAACUGUGUCAAACAAGAACCCGGUGGUAACAAUGUCAGAUCAGUGUUCAUUCAAGACCCCACAGCACCAAAGUUCUCAUUAACCGCUCCACUUUACGCAAAUCAAUUGAAAAAGGAUUUACUAAGCAACAUAUUGAAGCCUAAUGGAGUGUGGGGUUCAAUGAGGCAUUUGAAAUUAGAAAACCAACAGGAUAAACCAACAUUACAAGUGGAGCAUGCAUAUAUCAAUGCUCUGAUUCGUGGAGAUUUGAGUAGUUUGAAAUGGAUUGAAGGUCCAUUGACAUAUUUCAAACCGGAAUACAAUCCAAAUACAGAAUUGUGCACUGUUUAUUAUGCACCACUCAACUUCCGUGACAUAAUGUUGGCUUCAGGAAAACUUCCUCCCGAUGCUUUGCCUGGUGAUUUGGCUGGACAAGACUGUAUUCUUGGAUUAGAGUUCUCUGGUCGUAACUCUCAGGGUAAAAGAGUCAUGGGUAUGCUUGCUGCAAGAGGUUUAGCAACUACUGUUCUCGCUGAUCCUGGUUUCUUAUGGGAAGUGCCCAGCAAAUGGACAUUAGAACAAGCUUCAACCAUUCCUGUUGUAUACGGAACUGCUUACUAUGCUCUUUGUGUAAGAGGACGAAUGCGUCCAGGUGAUUCGUUGUUAGUUCACGCAGGUACUGGAGGUGUUGGUCAAGCAGCUAUCUCUAUUGCUCUUCAUAUGGGAGUUACUGUGUAUACAACUGUUGGCACAAAAGAUAAGAGGGCAUUCUUAAAAAAGACUUUCCCUCAGUUAACUGACAAAAAUAUAUCCAACUCUCGUGACACCAGUUUUGAACAACAUGUACUAAGAGAAACCAAAGGACGAGGUGUAGAUCUUGUUUUGAACUCAUUGGCUGAAGAUAAACUUCAAGCUUCUGUUCGUUGUUUGGCUAAGGAUGGUCGUUUCCUUGAAAUUGGAAAACUAGAUUUGUCAAACAAUUCUCCAUUGGGAAUGUCCGUUUUCUUGAAAAACACUACAUUCCAUGGAAUUCUUUUGGAUUCAUUGUUUGAUGCAAAGUCCGAAAAUGAUGACAAGAAAGAAGUUGUAAGAUUGCUUAAUGAAGGAAUAAAGAAUGGUGCUGUUAAUCCUCUUCCAGCUACAAUAUUUUCUGAAUCUCAAGUUGAACAAGCCUUUAGGUAUAUGGGAUCCGGUAAACAUAUCGGAAAAGUAGUUUUGAAAAUUAGAGACGAAGAAUCAACAGAAGUGACUAAGCCUACCACAAAAUUAUUCACUUCCAUCCCACGAUCAUACAUGAACCCAGACAAGACUUAUGUCCUUGUUGGUGGUCUCGGAGGAUUUGGAUUAGAAUUGGCCAAUUGGUUGGUUGUCAGAGGUGCCAAGAACCUUGUUUUGACUGCUCGAAGUGGAAUUACAACAGGUUAUCAAGCUUCUUGUGUUAGUAUGUGGAAAGAUAAAGGAGUUAAUGUACUGAUCUCUAAAGCUGACUGUUCAACCUUAAAUGGAGCACAACAAUUAAUUGAUGAAAGUAAUAAAUUAGGACCAGUUGGAGGAAUCUUCAACUUGGCUGCUGUGUUGAGAGAUGCAUUCUUGGAAAAUCAAACUCCACAAGAUUUUGAAAUUGUAAGCAAACCUAAAGUGAUUGGAACUAAAAAUUUGGAUGUUGUUACCAGGAAAUCUUGCCCUGAACUAGACCACUUUGUUGUAUUUUCAUCUGUAUCAUGUGGACGUGGUAAUGCUGGACAAACCAAUUAUGGUUUUGCCAAUUCCGUUAUGGAAAGGAUUUGUGAAGCUAGACAAGAUGCUGGACUGCCAGGAUUGGCUAUACAAUGGGGAGCAAUUGGAGAUGUUGGUCUUAUUAUGGAAACAAUGGGUGGAAAUGACACAGUUGUUGGUGGUACAUUACCUCAGCGUAUGGCAUCAUGUUUGAGUUCAUUUGAUAUAUUUUUGCAACACCCACAACCUGUUUUGGCUUCAAUGGUAUUAGCUGAGAAGAGGAAGGGCGGUUCAGGUGGUGCUAAUCAAGUGAGCCUUAUUGAGGCUGUUGCCAAUAUCCUUGGUAUCAAGGAUACCAAGAACAUUAACGCAUCAGCCACAUUGGCCGAUUUGGGUAUGGACUCUUUGAUGGGAGCUGAAAUCAAACAAACACUAGAAAGAAACUAUGAUUUGGUGUUGAGUGUUGGAGAAAUUAGAACUUUGACAGUUAAAAAGUUGCAAGAAUUUCAAAAUGAUGGUAGUGAAGAAGUAAUUGAAGUUGCUAAUGGUGUAACUGCUGGAAACAAUCAGGUUGAAUUCAAUAAAAAUUUAGUUCCUCUAGAAACUGUUGUUAACAUGAAAAAGGGUGAAAGCAAUAAACCUAAUGUGUUUAUGUUCAGCGCUAUUGAAGGUUUUGUGUCUGCAUUAGAAGAAGUAGCAUCUAAAUUACCUUAUAACAUUUAUGGACUUCAAUGUACUGAAGAUGCUCCUAUCGAUUCUAUGGCAUCUAUGGCCAAAUUCUUUAUUGCUAAAAUUAAAGAAAUCCAAACAUCUGGACCAUACAACCUUGUUGGGUACUCUUUUGGGGCAUCUGUUGCUUUUGAAACUGGUGUUGCAUUAGAAGCUGCUGGUGAAAAAGUUAGCCUAGUUUUGUUAGAUGGUUCUCCAUCUUAUGUUUUGACUCAUGAAAAUGCAAUGAAGAACCGUCAUUCUGACAACAAAGUUGAUCAUAGAGAUGCCUUUACUUAUUUCGUAUUGCUCUUCAAGGAAAUGGACUACCAAGUGGUGUUUGAACAAAUCUCUACCAAAAAGACAAAAGAAGAACAAUUAGAAGAAGUUGUUAAUAUUUUGUCUGAUUUACCUUUAAACAAAGAUGAACUUAAAACUGCUGCAAAACUAUUCUACGGCAAACUGUUUGUUUCAUUCUACUAUAAACCCGUACAGAAGUUUAAUGGAAACGUCACAUUAAUUACAGCCAAAGACAACUUUGUAUCUCUUGGGCCCGACUAUGGAUUAAAACCACUAUGCAAGGGUUCUCUAAAUAUUCAUUCUGUGUCUGGUGACCACAGGCAAAUUGUAAAAGGUGAAUCUGCCAACUCCAUUGCACAGAUUAUUUCCUCGUCCCUUGUAUCAAAGUAACACUGAUGAUAUCUGACUAAAGCAUUUAAGAAAAACGUUUAGGCUAAUCAUUUCAUAGGUUUGGAUAAUAUAAUUAUUUUUUAUACAUACAUUUAACAAAAUUACAUUUUUAAAACCACACAAACAUUUUUGUUACGGUCAUAAACAAAUUUGUGUUGAGUUUAUUAUAUUGUUGUAAAUUUUUAAAA